AUGGCUGAUGAUAGGAAUGAUGCAACUUCUUAGAAUAAUAAUUUCAUCUUUUUGAAUACUUCUGAGUAGGGAAUUAACGAAAAUGUUGAAAAUUAGAAAUUCAGAAAAAAAAUAUUAAAGACUAUUUAUUUGAAAGAUUUGAUUAGGAAAAAAACAGUUGGUUGUAGAAUAUAUACAAAUGAGUUAAAUGGACUAUUUCCAUAAGAAAUAAAUAAAAUUUGCAGAAUAUGUAUCUAAGAUGAUUAAUCCUCUCAAUUCAUUUCACCAUGUAAAUGUAAAGGUUCAACAGAAUUUGUACAUGAAGAAUGCUUAAAAAUGUGGAUUUUAUAAUAAUUCGGUGUGAAUAAGAUAUUAAAUCGAGAAGUAUUAUACUGUGAAAUUUGUAAAUAUAAAUUAGAAUACAGAGUAAAAUUUGUUAAUCGAUUUGACUUUUUUCAAUUCAGAAAUUAAAAAUUGGCAACAAAACUGUGCUGGGUCAUUCAGUUUAUCAUUAUGGCAUUAUGCAUUUACGCUUAAAUUACAAUUAUCUAAAGAUUUGGAAUCAAUUCUUUAUCAACUAUCUCAAUAUUUAUAGCAAUCUGUUUGGUGGUUCUUGUGAUAAUUAUACAAUUUUCCUUUAGUUUUUUGUCAGCUAUUAAAAUAGAAAUGAUGGAAAAAUGGGAAUUUCAUAAUUAUAAGCCUUCUUGUAGAAUUUUGGAUGGUCAACUUGAAAUGCCUGGCAAUUUUUUGAAGGUCAAUUUGAUUCACUGUCUUUGA